UUGGGAAGGAGACCAAACAGUCAACUGAGGACAGCAGGAGGGACCACAGAUCGGGUGUAUCAGAUGGAGGAGGCUCCAGAAGCACACAAGAGUGUGGGCCCCGGCAGCAGGCUGACCAUAUCCAGCGGAGGAUUUCCACUAAACCCCCGAACCGUGUCUGGAUUAUUGCUUCCGGCAGCAUCAGGGGAGUGCGUUCUGAUACCAACUCGCAGAGGCAAAACACCAAAGGCAACAGCGCAAACCGGGGCUUAGCGAGGCGGCUGCCGCACCACCAGGCUGCCGCUGGCAAAAUGCGAAACGAGGGCUGCCUAGCAAAUAGCAGCCGGCAGCUGCAGGCAGGGAGCGAGGGAGCCGGCUCUGCUCUGACCCUGGCCAGCCAGGAGGACUGGCCCUAUGCAGGACCCAAUGAGACAGCAAAGAGACGCCCAGAGAGGUUCAAGGAUUUGCUCAAGAUCACUGAACUCAUUCUCAACUCACCCACCUAUGUUUUUCUUCCAGAGCUGGGCCUCCAGAAGAGAGGAUGCUGUCUGGUGCUGGGCUAUAUGGCCAAGGACAAGUUUCGGAGAAUGAAUGAAGGUUACCCCCAGUACCUGGUGGUGGGGAACCACCUGUCAGGGGAACACCACCUGAAGAUCCUGCGGGCAGAACUGCAAGAUGAUGCUGURUACGAAUGCCAGGCCAUCCAGGCUGCCAUCCGGUCCCGUCCCGCACGCCUCACCGUCCUAGUGCCUCCUGAUGACCCCGUGAUCCUAGGGGGGCCUGUGAUCAGCCUACGGGCAGGGGACCCCCUCAACCUCACCUGCCACGCAGACAACGCCAAGCCUGCCGCCUCCAUCAUCUGGCUGCGAAAGGGAGAAGUCAUCAACGGGGCCACCUACUCCAAGACCCUGCUUCGAGAUGGCAAGCGUGAGAGCAUCGUCAGCACCCUCUUCAUCUCCCCCGGUGAUGUAGAGAAUGGACAGAGCAUCGUGUGCCGUGCCACCAACAAAGCCAUCCCUGGGGGGAAGGAGACUUCAGUCACCAUCGACAUCCAGCACCCCCCACUUGUCAACCUGUCAGUGGAACCGCAGCCGGUGCUGGAGGACAAYGUCGUCACAUUCCACUGCUCUGCAAAGGCCAACCCAGCUGUCACCCAGUACAGAUGGGCCAAGCGGGGCCAGAUCAUCAAGGAGGCCUCUGGGGAGGUGUAUAGAACCACUGUGGACUACACGUACUUCUCAGAGCCUGUGUCCUGCGAGGUGACCAAUGCUCUGGGCAGCACCAACCUCAGCCGCACGGUGGACGUCUAUUUUGGACCCAGGAUGACCACAGAGCCCCAGUCCCUGCUCGUGGAUCUGGGCUCUGAUGCAGUCUUCAGCUGCGCCUGGAUUGGCAACCCGUCCCUGACCAUCGUAUGGAUGAAGCGGGGCUCUGGCGUGGUUCUAAGCAACGAGAAGACCCUGACACUCAAAUCUGUCCGCCAGGAGGAUGCUGGGAAGUACGUGUGCCGGGCCGUGGUGCCCCGGGUAGGAGCUGGGGAGCGUGAGGUGACCCUGACUGUCAAUGGACCCCCCAUCAUCUCCAGCACCCAGACCCAGCACGCUCUCCACGGUGAGAAAGGCCAGAUCAAAUGCUUCAUCCGGAGCACACCGCCACCAGACAGAAUAGCCUGGUCCUGGAAGGAGAAUGUGCUGGAGUCGGGGACGUCUGGGCGCUACACAGUGGAGACGGUCAGCACGGAGGAGGGUGUCAUCUCCACCCUGACCAUCAGCAACAUUGUCCGGGCGGACUUCCAAACCAUCUAUAACUGCACCGCCUGGAACAGCUUUGGCUCUGACACCGAGAUCAUCCGGCUCAAGGAGCAAGGUUCAGAAAUGAAGUCGGGAGCCGGGCUGGAAGCAGAGUCUGUGCCGAUGGCCGUCAUCAUCGGGGUGGCCGUAGGAGCUGGUGUGGCCUUCCUCGUCCUAAUGGCAACCAUUGUGGCCUUCUGCUGUGCCCGUUCCCAGAGAAACCUGAAAGGGGUUGUGUCAGCCAAAAACGAUAUCCGAGUGGAGAUUGUCCACAAGGAGCCUACCUCCAGUCGGGAGGCAGAAGAGCACUCCACCAUCAAGCAGCUGAUGAUGGAACGGGGUGAAUUCCAACAAGACUCGGUACUGAAGCAGCUGGAAGUCCUCAAAGAAGAGGAAAAGGAGUUUCAGAACCUGAAGGACCCCACUAAUGGUUACUACAGUGUCAACACCUUCAAAGAGCACCACUCGACCCCGACCAUCUCCCUGUCCAGCUGCCAGCCGGACCUGCGUCCCGCAGGCAAGCAGCGUGUGCCCACAGGCAUGUCCUUCACCAACAUCUAUAGCACCCUGAGCGGCCAGAGCCGCCUCUACGACUACGGGCAAAGGUUCGUGCUGGGAAUGGGCAGCUCCUCCAUCGAGCUUUGUGAGCGGGAGUUCCAGAGGGGCUCCCUCAGCGAUAGCAGUUCCUUCCUGGACACACAGUGUGACAGCAGCGUCAGCAGCAGCGGCAAGCAGGACGGCUACGUGCAGUUUGACAAGGCCAGCAAGGCCUCCGCCUCCUCUUCCCACCACUCCCAGUCCUCUUCCCAGAACUCCGACCCCAGUCGACCCCUGCAGCGGCGGAUGCAGACUCACGUCUGAGGAUCACACACCGUGGGCGGGGACAGGCCAGGGAAGAGGGCAGGGCAUGCUCUGGCUCUCCAGGGACUAGGGCUACUUUGCAGAGGACCCCAGAACUGGACACCUCCAGGAUGGCCUUUGAGCACCUCUGCCAACACCUUCCUGUGAAACUCUGAUCAAGCACAAACCUGGGUUCCCAGCAGCAGCCUGCCAGAGGCAGCAGGUGGGGAAACGGAUGGAGGAUGCCGCUGAUGUGCUUGGUGCUAGACACCUUUGUCCCCAGCCCUUUUCUGGAGGCCCCUCUACCACCUCCUCCCACAGGCACUAGUGGCAGCUAUAAAUUUGCUUUCAUGAAACUGCCGUCCACUCUCUGGUGUCCCCUGGGAUUUCCCCCUUGCUGCCCAUAAGCCCUCCCUGUGCCUGUGCUCCUAUACAGCCCUGGGGAGAAAAGGGGAGUUCUUCCCAGCACCAAGUUGCUCCAGAGACCGCAGCUCCCCGCACUGCUCCCAGCCCACGCCUCAGAGACUUGAGAAGCCAGAAAUGGCCCUGGCCAAAAGAGCACACCACCUGGGAACCUGGCUCCAAUUUGUUUGGUGUUUUGUGUCCAUACUCUUGCAAUUCUGUCCUUGGACUUGAUGCCUCUGAACUCGGAGGUGGGACUGGCCCAAUCAGAGCCUGGUGUCCUGUGGGGAGGGAGACUGUGAAGCCUGGGGAAUACCAUACCCCUCUCCAGACUGCGGGAUUCAGAGCCUCCCCUGCCCCCUGCUUUAUGUACUCCCCACCUCCCCACAGCACA